GCCAGUGACUUCUUUUACCAGCAGGUGCAGGAUGGCCCCAGCGAGUUCUACACAGGACUCAAGUUUCGCCACCCUGCUAGUUCGUGGCCGCUGCCCAGCGACGAGCACGAGCCCAUGCUGUUCGCCGCGGACGGCUCGCCCUUAUCCUGGAACGAGUUUGACACCACGGGGCUGAGCGUUUCUGGAGAUGGGCCCUGCGUCCCCCAUGCCAUCAAAGAGCUUUCCAGGGCAGCGUACCCGCGGGUGUUCAUGGGGCCCGAAGGGCAGCAGGUGGCGACGGUGAAGGGUACAAUCUGGCCUUCACUACCGCAGACGAGCCAGGCAGCCGAGCAGAUGCAGCUGAGUCUGUUGCCGAUUUUCGUGCCGAG